CACACACACACACACACACACAGGAUGGCCACCCAGCACCGUCAACCCGUGCUCCCGCUGGCCUUCGGAGCCGGCUUCCCCUGUCGAGUGUCGGGCGUCAAUCCGGCGGUCAUUGCCGACCCGGGCACCGAGACGCCAGCAGCCGAUCGAGAGCUCGCCCUCACUCGGGGGCGUUUCGUCGUGGCCACCGAACCCAUUCCCGCUGGCGGCGCGGUUCUCAUUGCCCUGCCCUACGCUCUGGCCGUGGAGGACUCCCAGCGCAAGCGUGUGUGUGCUUGGUGUACCAUGUGGGCCGGCGAUCUCCCCCCUCCAUCGGCAUGUCGGUACGAGGUUGCUGAGGCCAUCCUUGGGGUCAUGGCUGCAUCAGCCGCAGCUUCAGAAAUGUCACCGCCUGGAGUCCAGCCUCCCAUGCCCCCGGCCGGCCCGGCACGAACUCUUCCUUUCAGCUGUCGCGGCUGCGAUCAGUACUACUUCUGUUCGAUCCUUUGCCAACGCGCCUUUACCGAGGGGCUGGUCCAUGAUGAGAUGGCCUGUCGCGCGCAUCGGACCCUCUCCUCUCGCAUCAAGUCCCCCUCCGUGGCUGUGGUUAUGCGGCUGAUUUUUGAUCUCGUCCGCUUGGGCAACUCCGGCCCGUGUAGUCGCUACUCUCGACUCGGAUCGGCUGGGCAGCUCGAAGAGCGCCUUCGUGGCAUCCGACUUGUCGAGGACACCCGCUGCCUGUCCUUGGUGCUGCCCUGCUUCGAUGAUGUUCAGGGCCUUCAGUCCCAUGCCAAUGACAUGGAGGCAGCCGAGGUGAAUGAUUGGAGCUCCGAUCUCAAGCGCCUCCAUGCUGUUUUUCGGGAAAGUGGCAUUGAUCUGGGCAUUCUCCGUCGGGAAACUUGCCUGUCUUCGGGGUCCAGCGAGUGCCGGUCGCCGGUUCGCAAAAAUCCCCACCCCAGGAAGGCCCAUCGGGGUGGGAAGAAAAGCGCCAACAUCACCAACGACCAUUCGCCCCCGAUCCCGGAGCACUCUCCCCCCGUGGCCGUCCCUGCGUGUUCGGCUUCCCCUCGGCAGCAUGAUCCCCUGUUGACUCUUUUGUCGCGACUUGAGUCCAAUGUGUUUGGGCUGUUCCACAGUCCGUGGCUUCCGGAGCCCCCGAGCAGCUCGAUGAGUCCGGAAACUCCGAAGCCCCAGCCCACGAGGGGGUCCAUGGGGAAGCCCCAAAAGAAGCCAUCCUCCGCCAAGUACGGCCGUGGUGUGGUCGAGACCCAACCCUUCGGCCGGGCUAUCAUCCCGGAGGCCAGCUACUUUAAUCACUCGUGCAAUCCGAACGCCGAGUUCCAUUGGACAUGGCUCCAGCCGCCGGGACAGGACCCCGCGGCCGGAGAAGGCGAUUCGGCCGUCUGCCCAGUCAUGGUGUUCCGUGCAGUGCGGCCGAUCGCCGUAGGUGAGGAGGUAACCAUCUCCUAUGUGCCGACCAAUCGACCGGUGUCAACCCGGCGACACCAAUUGCGGGAGGGGUACUUCUUCAAUUGUGGGUGUGAUCGGUGCUGCCAAGAGGCCGGCCCGAGGUGAAAACGCGCCGGCAAAGUCCCGCCCCUAUCCCGACAUGCCUCUUCAGCCAAUGAGCUCCUGGCUCCUUUGCCGGCCUGUGAUUUCCAAAUAUCCAUCAUCAGGCUUGAGCCGCCGGAAAGAAUAUAACAGAGCAAAA